AUGACUUACUCUCAUAAUACAACUUGGUCAGGGGGAGACCAAUACCAAAUUAUAUGCAAUGAUGGCCAAUUUGUGGUGAACAAAAAGGAAAAAACAUGCACUUGUAGAAGGUGGGAAUUAACUGGAGUGCCAUGUUCUCAUGCCAUUUCUGCAAUUUAUUACAACCAUGAAAAGCCAGAGACUUACAUAGAGGACUGUUAUAAGGUGUCCACCUUCCUAGACAUAUACAGCCAUAUCCUGUACCCUACACAAGACAAAACCUGCUGGCCAAAGAGUCCUCAGUGCCCUAUGAUACCACCUGAAGUUGUUAUGAAAAAAAGGGGGCAGAAGGUUAGGCUAAGAAGGAAAGAUGCAACUGAGAAAAUUGGCUUUUGCAAUGGAAAGGUGAGCAAGACAGGGAAGAAAAUCACUUGCAGCAUAUGUGGAGUUACAGGACAUAACAAAAGGUUUCAUGGACAUCAGGGAACUAAUACUAACAAUGAUGACAAUGGAGGACAAACUGGGACUUCAACAACAACUCUGCCCCAGGAUGAGGUGAUUUAA